GCGGUGAGUUUAGAAAUUUUCAUGAUAGAUAUUUUUAUUUCGCGUCAAUUUCAGUCAACGGCGAGGCGAGUACCCCCAAUAUAUUUGGCAUCUCACCGAACAGGCCACCACACCAAGCGUAUCGUCACGUCUUGUUGCGCCCCGCAGUGACACACUUAAGUUGCGUGCGAGGCUUUAAAAACCCAGAAUUCGGUCGCUACGCAUCCAGUGCAAUAGAAAUAAUUCCGCAGCAAAGUGCCCAGUGCUCGCAGUUGCCGCGGAAGGAAGCGCCACAAAGCCCCACAUACAGGAUUAGCAGUGGUCCCCCCUACAACAUUUGGACAGUCUACUCUCACUCUCACUCUCAUUAUAUCCCCAUAUCCAUGGCCAAUCAGAUGCACAAGAGUGGUGCCCUGGUCCUGGUCUUCAAUCUGUUGCUGCUGACGCAGUCGGAGACGGAGGCAAAGCUGCUGACACGCUGCCAGCUGGCCAAAGAGCUGUUGCGCCACGACUUUCCGAGGAGCUAUCUGUCCAAUUGGGUUUGCCUUGUGGAGUCGGAGAGCGGACGCAGCACGUCCAAGUCCAUGCAGCUGCCCAACCAGAGCGUCAGCUAUGGACUCUUUCAGAUCAACAGCAAAAACUGGUGUCGCAAAGGUCGUCGCGGUGGCAUCUGCAACAUCAAAUGCGAAGAGUUCCUGAACGAUGAGAUCUCAGAUGAUUCUCGCUGUGCCAUGCAGAUCUUCAAUCGCCACGGCUUCCAGGCCUGGCCCGGUUGGAUGAGCAAAUGUCGUGGGCGCACGUUGCCCGACGUCUCCCGCUGCUAGGACGGGCUGCCCCCAGACUUGCCCACAAUUUCCCCGAUCUGCUCUCUAGCCUUAAACGUACUCUACUAUUACUCUAGCGACUAAUUAAUAAACAGCUUAAA